GGGGGUGAGAGGGAAGUGAACAGAGCAGAUGAAGAAGAGACUCUGAGGUGGAGGGAGAGGCAGUUCUGUUGUUAGUUGACAAUGAAGACAGUGAACGAGAGUUUUUGAUUCAAAUACGUGGUUUUGUUCGUUUAUCUGCUGACUACAAGAGUUAAGUUAACCUGUUAAAAGAAAACAGUGGAUUUAAGUUGGAAAGCAAAGCCUGUCUGUCUUCAUUUCCUGCACCGGCACCUCAAAAGCUCCAAGAGGAAAGAUCCCGACCUCUCAUCACAAUAUUUACAGCCAAGGAGGAUCGACCACUCCGCCUUCCUUUGUCCAGAUGCCAGGGUCUCACAUGUUGCCCAGCUACUAUGGCGUGAGGCGUCCCUUCAUCUCCGACUCAGACUACUGUCCGUCCACCAAGCAGUUCUCCCCUGACGUCUACACCUCCAGCCUCGGAGGUAAACCUCUGGGCUGCGAGCCGUCCGCGAUGACCGGCUACUCCUCCCUCAUUGACAGCUACUACCCAGAGGGCUAUGGUGAUUACCGCAGCACCGCCGCCUUCUCCAGCUCUGGAGGAUCCUUCCUGCCCUCGUCGGCCCUCUCAUCCCUGCUACCUCCCUUCAACGGAGAGUCCUCACAUCUGUUUCUGGUAGGAGGCAGUAUCAGGAGAGACUCAUGGGAGCAGUCGGUUCCAGAGCCAGUAUCCCAGGUGGAGGCUCUCUGUCCUGACAGCCUGGCCUCCGUCAGCGUCCCGCCCUCCAUGCCCAGUCCAGAGCCCCCGGGUAGCCCCUCCCAGUACCGGUCCACCAGCCGAGGCUCCUCCAUGUGCUCCGUCCCCGGCAGCCAGCCCUACAGCCUGCACUCUCUGGAGGAAGCCCACUACCACUCUUUAACCAGCAGCUCCUAUAUCACCCCCUCCUCCUCCUUCACCUGCCCUCCAUAUAUGAGCAGUCCUGCCAGCGAUCUGGUGUCCAAGAUGGUUACGGAGGAGUCCGACGGCCACGGCAGCCUCCCAAACAAUGUCGAGGCUCAGGCCUCCUGGGCAAAAGAGGACGGGGUGAGCCCCUGGUCGCCCUAUGAGAUCAGGAGGGCAUACUGACUGGAUGACAGGCUACUGGGUCAGAAUAUAGAGGAAGGUGGAAGUUUCACAGACAGUGCAGAGACAAUUCUGGGACUUGUUUUGUAAAAAGGACAAUUUUAAUUGCAUCCAUAGCAUCAAGGUGUCCAUAUGUCCAUAUUACAGCCUGGUGUGAUGGCAACUUUCCUAUUUAUUGUCAUUUUUGUUUGGUUUAUAUGAUAAAGAGUGGAGAAAUAACUUGUGAUAAGCUCUAAAAUAAAAAAUGACAAACAAAAACAAACCCUUAGUGGUGCAAACUGGAUAAAAUAGGGUUUUCAUUUUUGAUGGUGUAUGAUAUGAGGAUUUGUGUUUGUUUUAAAAAGCCAUGUAACAGACAUUUGAGCCAAACAAGGUUUCUCUGCCAAACAGGGAACUUCUGCAGUGGCUUAGUUGCUUAGCUAAUUUGAAAAUAAUUUAUGAUCUAUCCAGUAAAAUGUACAGUAUACCUGUGAUGUAUUUGUGUUUAGCUGAAAAUACAAGUUGGAUUUCA